AACAUUCUAAAAAUGUCAUCCCGAAUAAAGACCUAAUAAUAAUGUGAAAAUCAAGUGUUUUAAUAAAAUGGCAACACAAAAGCCUGGAGAAUGGGCUAAUACUUUAAUUGUACGGUUUGAGGAACAGUUGCCUUGUCGAAUUGGUCCUCAAACAACUCAUUCGAGUAUUAAUGAGGAACAAAAUAAAAACUGUAUAAUACAAAUAUCCAGGUACCGUUUUGCCCUUGUCCUAGAUGGUUUUGUCAAAGUCCUUAAACGAAUACACGAGCUUUACCAAACGGGUACAUGCAGCGCUUCUCGGCAGCAUGGGCCAGAGUUAGAGAAGAACUACUACGACAGUCUCCUAAUAGUUUUAGAAACUCUAGAAAAGUGCUUCAGUAUCCAACCCAAAGACUCAAUAACACUGACAAUGGAAGAAAAUCAAAAUUUAAAAUGUUUACUGAAGGAAAUUUGCACUUUUUUAGGUGGAAAAGAUAUGCCCAAUGAUAAUCCAAAUGUACAUGCCAUAAGAUUAUUAGCAAGUAAAGUACUGUUUGCUUUGAGUGUUAAUUUUUUUAACGCAGUUUUCAACCGUAUCUCUUCAAAGUUGCAAGAACUAGCAUCCUGUCCUGAUGAAAAUCCCGAUUUUAGUGACAUUGAACUAAUACAGCAUAUUAACGUCGACGUUGGAAGAUUGACCCGUCUUUUUUUGGAAGCCAUAUCAAAAUUUAGAUUAUUGAAAAAGUCUGCUCAUUUAGUUUUGGUGAAUUCUUUAGAAAAAGCGAUUUGGAACUGGAUGGACACAUACCCCUAUGAGUUUGCUGAACUUCAAAAAAAUCCCAAUGAGGAGAUGUCAAAGUGUGCUGAACAGCUUUUCGAUAUCCUCGAUGCUUUCGGAGAUAACAAAAAAGGAAGAUCUGCUGUAUGGUCUCUGCAAAUGAUGUUACUAAUUUUAGCUCCUAAUGUACUUGAGGAAAUUGUAAAUGCCGAUUCUGGAGCACCUUGUUCGCCGCGACACAGUAAAAAGAAAAUUUUUAUCGACAACAUCAAGAGAUGUCUAGGCCAACAUGGCAACAGCAAACAACUUACUGAAGCUGCUGCAGUGACUUGUGUGAAACUUUGCAAAGCAUCCACAUAUAUAAAUAUCUUAGACUCCAACAAUGUAGCCUUCGUUUUGGUUCAAAGCAUCAUUAAUGACUUGAAGAGUUUAUUAUUCAAUCCAACGAAGCCGUUCUCUCGAGGCCAGAAUUAUUUAUACCAUGACAUGGAUCUAAUGAUAGACUGCUUUGUUUCAGUGUUUCGGAUCAAACCUCACAACAACGAGGCUCUUAAAGUUUGUUUAAAUUUAAACUCGCCCUCGAGCUAUCAUUUUGUACUAGUUCGUUCACUGUACAAAAUUGUUACACAACCUCGAUUGCAUUGGUGGCCACAGAUAGAUUUAGUAUACAAUAAAUCAUCGGAGUUACGUGCUAUGUUCACAGAUACUUUAAAUAAAGUUUCACAGGGCUACAUCGCACAUACGCCUCUGCGGAUGAUACAAAUUACCUUAAAAGGCAAAGAUUGUCAGGGCAAGUUUAAAGAUCGUGCAGAGGAAGUUCCUGGAUAUCGAAAUCUUUUGUUGUAUAUGGUACGGUUAGUGCACGCUGAUCCAAUGCUUAUGUUAAACAAUCAAGGGAAAGCGGGUCACGAAAUCCAAAGCUCAACGUUAGAACUUAUAAAUGGAUUGGUUUCACUAGUUCAUCAGCCUACGAUGCCUGAAGUAGCACAAGAAGCAAUGGAGGCGUUACUGGUUUUGCAUCAUCCUGAGAAAAUCGAGAUGUGGAAUCCGGAAGCACCGAUAAAUACAUUUUGGGAUGUCAGUUCACAAGUUAUGUUCUCUAUAUCACAAAAACUCAUUCAACACCAAAUAAUGAAUUACACAGACAUACUGAAGUGGCUUCGAGAAAUUUUGAUAUGCAGAAAUGCCUUUUUAUCAAAACACAAAGAAUACGCUAACCUGGGCAGUUCAAUAGCUAUUUGCAAACAAGCGCAUAUAAAACUUGAAGUGGUGUUUUUUAUGUACUUGUGGAGUAUAGACAUGGAUGCUGUCUUAGUAGCGAUGAGCUGUUUUGCUUUGCUUUGUCAGGAAGCAGAAAUUCGUUGUGGAUCCGAUGAAGUAACUGUCACAUACCUAGUUCCGAAUUACCAUGUUUACCAGGAACUAGCGCAAGCCUCAACAGUGCUGACAACAGCCACUGGGGAAACUAGGCUGUGUUUCCCUGACCAUCUUAAUGGUCGAGCUGCGCUUCAAAAACGGAUCAUGGCGUUAUUGCGGAAAAUAGAGCACUGCGUGAAUGGUGUUCAACCGGCUUGGGAAGAAACGUUCAUGAAUUGGAAUGGUAUGUGCAAAAAUUUAUCUUCGUACCCGAAAGCUAAGACUGAGGAUGGACAAAUGGAACCCUUUCAUCGUUCUAUGGGAAAACGGAGAGCUUCCCAUCAAAAUUCGGAACAUGAGUUGGAGCAGGAACAGAUAAAUGAAUGGGCAAAUAUGACUGGUUUUCUCUGCGCAUUGGGUGGCGUUUGCUUACAAAGAAAGUCACCAUCACGACCAACUCUGUCAACCAGUGCCCACUCAAGUUUAUCUUCAAUGACAAUAAGUUCAAUCGGUAGUGGAAGUUUGGGUGAACAGAGCAUGAGUAGUAGGAAAUCGAAUACAUUGCAGAGCCAACAGAACCCUCAAGAUCAACGACAAUAUUGUCCAGUAACAUCUUUUGUUGAUUUGUUGCUACGUUUGUUGGUUUGCAACAAUGAAAAAUUUGGAGCCCAAAUUCAGAAACAUGUGAAGGAGUUGGUAGGCCACGAAAUGUCAUCGGCUUUAUAUCCUAUUUUGUUCGAACAAAUAAAAUCGAUUGUUGACAAAUUUUUUGACCAGCAAGGACAAGUCGUUGUAAAUGAGGUCAACACACAGUUCAUCGAACACAUCAUUUUCAUAAUGAAAAACAUAUUAGACUGCACGAAGAAUGACCAACCUUCUGAACAUUUAGGAGUUACCAGCAUAGAGGGAAUGAUGUUGGCUAUUGUUAGAUAUGUAAGACAUUUAGAUAUGACAGUUCAUGCCAUCCACAUAAAAACAAAACUUUGCCAGCUGGUCGAAGCGAUGAUGAAUCGCAGAGAUGACUUAGCAUUUCGGCAAGAAAUGAAAUUCAGGAAUAAACUGGUAGAAUAUCUAACAGACUGGGUCAUGGGCACAUCACACCAAAUAGCUCCACCAAGUUCUGGUGAUGUCACAAUGAUUACAAGGGAUUUAGACCAAGCUUGUAUGGAAGCCGUUGCAGCUUUGCUGCGUGGACUGCCUUUACAACCAGAAGAAUCAGAUAGAGGCGACUUGAUGGAAGCUAAAAGUCAGUUGUUCCUGAAGUAUUUCACCCUUUUUAUGAAUUUGUUGAAUGAUUGUUCUGAUGCCACAGAAGUGGAGAAGGAUAUCAGUAAACAGAAGGUUUAUGCUGGAAAAUUGAACACAUUACGAAAUGCGACAAUACAAGCCAUGUCGAAUUUACUGUCUGCUAAUAUUGACAGUGGCCUCAUGCAUUCUAUUGAUCUGGGGUACAAUAAGGACUUGCAAACCAGAGCAGCAUUUAUGGAAGUUCUUACUAAAAUCCUGCAGCAGGGUACAGAGUUUGAUACAUUAGCAGAAACUGUUUUAGCGGACAGAUUCGAACAAUUGGUGCAACUUGUUACUAUGAUCAGUGACAAAGGCGAGCUGCCAAUAGCAGUGGCGCUUGCCAAUGUGGUCACUACUUCACAAAUGGACGAAUUAGCUAGAGUUUUUGUGACGCUAUUUGAUGCGAAACACUUGUUAUCCCCACUCCUUUGGAACAUGUUUUACCGAGAAGUAGAAGUUUCAGACUGUAUGCAAACAUUGUUCCGUGGCAAUUCCCUUGGAAGUAAAAUAAUGGCAUUUUGCUUUAAAAUAUAUGGUGCGAGUUACUUGCAAACCCUCUUGGAACCAUUGAUAAGACCUUUACUGGAUGAUCCAUGUUGCAGUUUUGAAGUAGACCCGGCUAGAUUGGAACCAAACGAGGACAUAGAAGAAAACAGGCAAAACCUGAUAGCAUUGACACAGAAGGUAUUCGAUGCUAUUGUAAGCUCAGCCGAUAAAUUUCCGCCACAGUUAAGGUCAAUGUGUCACUGCUUGUACCAAGUCUUAAGCAAACGUUUUCCACAGUUUCCUCAAAAUAACAUAGGAGCUGUUGGAACGGUGAUAUUUCUACGCUUUAUAAACCCAGCAAUCGUCUCACCUCAAGAAAUGGGCAUCGUGUGCAAACAAGUCCCUACCUCUAUAAAACGUGGUUUAAUGUUGAUGUCGAAAAUAUUACAAAAUAUCGCUAAUCACGUCGAGUUCAGCAAAGAGCAACAUAUGUUGCCAUUCAAUGAUUUUCUACGUGCACAUUUCGAAAUUGGUAGAAGAUUUUUUAUUCAGAUCGCGUCAGAUUGUGAGACGGUAGAUCAAACGUCUCAUUCAAUGUCAUUUAUUUCGGAUGCUAAUGUUUUGGCAUUACAUCGUUUGCUUUGGAACCACCAAGAAAAAAUUGGCGAUUACCUCUCGAGCAGUAGGGAUCAUAAAGCUGUUGGUAGGAGGCCAUUCGAUAAAAUGGCUACGUUACUAGCAUAUCUGGGUCCACCGGAACAUAAACCAGUCGAUUCUCAUAUGUUGUUUUCAUCAUACGCAAGGUGGAGUUCUAUAGACAUGUCCUCGACAAACUUUGAGGAGAUCAUGGUCAAACAUAACAUGCAUGAAAAAGAAGAGUUUAAAUCUAUAAAAUCGUUGAAUAUUUUCUACCAAGCUGGUACCAGCAAAACUGGGUUUCCGGUUUUCUACUAUAUUGCCAGAAGAUACAAAAUUGGUGAAACAAAUGGAGAUCUUCUUAUUUACCAUGUUAUUUUAACUUUGAAGCCUUUUUGCCACUCCCCGUUCGAGUUAGUUGUGGACUUCACUCAUACUUGUUCUGAUAACAGAUUCCGGACAGAAUUUCUUCAGAAGUGGUUCUACGUUUUACCUGAAGUUGCUUAUGACAAUAUCCACGCAGCAUACGUUUACAACUGUAACAGUUGGGUUCGCGAAUACACCAAAUUUCACGAUAGAAUCUUGGCCCCUUUAAAGGGUAAUCGCAAGUUGAUAUUCAUCGAUAUGCCAAAUAAGCUGAACGACUACAUAGACCCAGAGCAGCAGAAAUUGCCUGGUGCUACUCUAAGCUUAGACGAAGAUUUGAAAGUGUUUAGUAACGCUUUGAAAUUGUCACACAAAGACACCAAAGUUGCAAUAAAGGUAGGGCCUACUGCGAUCCAGAUAACUUCGUCUGAAAAGACCAAAGUGUUGUCGCAUUCAGUGCUGUUGAAUGACGUUUAUUACGCCUCCGAAAUAGAGGAAGUGUGUUUAGUGGAUGAUAAUCAGUUUACAUUGACUAUAGCAAAUGAAAGUGGACCCCUUAGUUUUAUACAUAAUGACUGUGAUAGUAUCGUGCAGGCGAUUAUACAUAUUAGGAAUCGUUGGGAACUUAGUCAACCUGAAUCCGUGACAGUUCAUCAAAAAAUUCGACCAAAAGACGUUCCUGGUACGUUAUUGAAUAUGGCGUUAUUAAAUUUAGGUUCUUCGGAUCCCAAUUUACGUACAGCGGCGUAUAAUCAGCUCUGCGCUCUAACUGCCACGUUCGACCUCAAAAUUGAAGGUCAGUUAUUAGAAACUCAAGGACUUUGUAUUCCCUCCAACAACACCAUAUUCAUUAAGUCUGUGUCGGAAAAACUAGCAACGAAUGAACCCCACUUAACUUUAGAAUUCCUAGAAGAGUGUAUCCAAGGCUUUAGGGUCUCUAGUAUUGAGUUGAAGCACUUAUGUUUAGAGUACAUGACACCAUGGCUACCAAAUCUCGUAAGAUUUUGUAAACCUUCGGAGGAAAAUAAGAGGCAAAAGCAGGUGGCAGGAAUCAUAGAGAAGUUGAUCCUUCUAACGAUAGAAGAGGUAGAAAUGUACCCAUCGAUCCAGGCAAAAAUUUGGGGUUCUAUUGGUCAAGUUCCUGAACUAAUCGAUAUGGUGCUAGAUAAUUUUAUACACAGAUCUGUGAACUCUGGCCUGGGUUCGCCAAUGGUUGAAAUAAUGGCCGAUACUGCCGUUGCACUAGCUUCAGCAAACGUGCCAUUGGUGGCCAAGAAAAUCAUUGGCCGGUUAUGCAGGGUAAUUAAAAAAGUCGUCGAUAAAACAUGUCAGUCGCCUACACCUCUCUUAGAACAGCACAUGAUGUGGGACGACAUAGCAAUCUUAGCGAGAUAUCUCCUCAUGUUGUCAUUUAACAAUAGUCUAGAUGUAGUACGGCAUUUGCCUUAUUUAUUUCAUACAGUUACAUUCCUAGUGUGUUCCGGUUCACUAAGCAUGAGGGCGUCGACUCACGGUUUAGUUAUUAAUAUCAUUCACUCUCUCUGCACCUGUACAAAACCAUCGUUUUCCGAGGAAACCCAGCGCUUAUUACGUUUAUCCCUCGACGAGUUCUCCCUCCCGAAGUUCUACCUACUUUUCGGUAUAAGCAAAGUGAAAUCAGCCGCUGUUACGGCCUUCCGAUCGAGUUACAGGCACCCCAACGAACGUUGGUUCGGCAAUGAACGCAGUUUCUCUGGAGCGUCUAGUCAAGAUCGUGAACGGUUAUCUUUAACUUCGUUAGAAGUCAUCACCGAUGCUUUACUAGAAAUAAUGGAAGCGUGUAUGCGCGACAUCCCAGAUUGCGACUGGCUGACUAGCUGGACGUCCUUAGCGAAAAGUUUCGCAUUUUGUUUCAAUCCCGCCUUACAACCUAGGGCGCUCAUCGUUUUCGGUUGUAUCAGUAAGAGCAUAACGGAUCACGACAUGAAGCAGUUGCUUAGGAUAUUGGUUAAGGCUCUCGAAAGCUUCAACGAUAUUGUAUUGAUCGAGGCGCUGGUUAUGUGCUUGACUAGGCUGCAGCCCCUGUUGAGGUCUGAAUCUCCCAUACAUAAAGCGUUGUUUUGGGUAGCAACGUCCGUUUUGCAGCUGGAUGAAACUUCGCUGUAUGCUUCAGGUCUAGCGUUGCUUGAGCAGAAUUUGCACACUCUAGAUUCUCAAGGCAUGUUCGAAGAAAGGUCAUUGGAGUUUGUGAUGAUGCAAACACGAGAGCCAUUGGAAUGGCAUUUCAAACAACUAGAUCAUGCUGUUGGUUUGAGUUUUAAGGCAAAUUUUCAUUUCGCACUAGUAGGCCAUUUGCUCAAGGGAUAUCGCCAUCCUACUCCAACGACAGUCUCCAGAACUGUUCGGAUUCUGACUAUGUUACUUACAAUAGUUGCAAAACCGCACAAAAGAGACAAAUUCGAAGUAACACCAGACAGUGUCGCAUAUUUAACAGCACUAGUAGGUUUUUCCGAAGAAGUAAGAAGUAGGUGUCACAUAAAACACUCAUUACCACGAUACAUGGCCGACUCGAUAUCUCAAGAAAAUUUUAUAAUCGAUAAUGUAGCCAAUCCCAAUACCUCUCAGCAUGUGUCUACUUCCAGCAGUUCUACCAGUAAUGUGAAUCGAAGGCAGAAAUCGUGGGAUUUAUUGGAUCAAUCUGCUCUAGCUCAGGCACGACACAAGCAACCGACCGCCGCACAACACCAGACUGCACGAGCUCUCUUCAAAACACAACGUUCAUUUUCGGUGCCAACUGCAAAAGAACAAAAGCCUCUCGAUGAUGAGGACGCCAAGAACCGCAGCACGAGGGUUUCCGUCAGCAACGAAAAUAAUGUCUUACUCGACCCGGAAGUGUUAACAGACUUUUCCACUCAGGCUUUAGUACUAACCACACUGGCUACCUUAGUGAAAUAUAGCACAGACGAAGCAGAAACUAGAACCCUCUACCAAUAUCUGGCAGAAGGUGCAGUGGUAUUUCCAAGAGUUUUCCCGGUGAUUUAUAAUUUGCUAGACAUGAAAAUCAAUAAUGUGUUAACUUCUUGUCACGAUCAAGAGAUCCUGAGUGCUGUGCGCAAUAUCAUACAAAAUAUGAUAGCAUGUGAGGAUACUAGUCAGCAACAGUUGCAUUACUUGCAAAGUUGCGGUUUCGGAGGUCUUUGGAGAUUCGCAGGACCAUUCAAUAAGUACAACAAUAUGGCAGAAAGCAGCGAGUUGUUUGUGAAUUGUCUGGAAGCGAUGGUAGAGACUUGUCUUCCUAUCGAAGAAACUGAAGGGGAAAAUGGAGAGCUGACGCCGUAUCCGUCAAUGUUAAGCAAAAAGAAAUAACAAGAGACAUAGAAGGUGGUAGCACAACAUCUCUUGGCAGAACUACAUUUUGUAAGCAACGUAGCAUCAAAAACAAAACACACAUCCAUUCAGAAAAUUCAUCAAUUCAUAAAUAAGGACAGAAUGGUUAGAAGAAAUGUUGUUAUUUUUGUUUGUAGCCGGGGAAGAAUCUGUUAAAAAAUUGAUAAAAAUGUGUUUUAUAAAAUUUUUAAACAGCCAAUGAUUCUGUGUAUGGUUUAUAAUUGCUCGUUUAUUCACUUGAGAGAGAUAACAGCGGUAUGCUUCAAGUAAAAAUGACACACACGUUUCUUCUAAUUAUUUGAGAAAUAUUCUAAACUGAAGGAUAUGUGAAACCAAAUGUACAAAAUAUUAUGUUGUCAUAAUUAAUUUCGUUAAUUUUCACACCAAAAUUAUUUUAUUAGGUAUAAGUGUACAUCUCAGUAUUUUUAACAAUAUUCUAUUCUCAGUAGAGUGGUCCAAACAAAAGAAAAACUAUUAAAGACUAUAACAGUUAAACCGUAUAAAAUCUCACAAUGGUAUAAUACAAAAUUUCAUUAUCAAGUUAAAUCAAUGAAAUACAGUGUUAGUAGUACUACCAUUAAAGUAAUAUUAACACUUAUUUAGCACCAAACAAUAAUUCUCUUAUUUUUUACAAUCUGGAGCUUCAAGUUUGUUAAAAACCGUACAGUUUCUGCCCAAAAUGAAAUAUUAACGAGUUUGGCAUGUGUUUUAUAUUGUUUUUAUUGUUUCAUUUAGUUCCUACCUCUUGCAUUUCUUUGGUUAAAAGGGGAUAGAAAUCAUAGUGAUCGACCUAUCAUGUUUUUUAAUAACACAUUUCACAUAUCCCAUUUUUUCCAUAUAUUAUUGUAUUAAUGUACAAAUUAGUAGUUGCUAGUUCUUGUUGUGCUGACGAUUUGCUAAGUAAUCCCGAAUCAUGUUCAAAUUUACAACAAUACAACGCUUUUAAAUUAAGGAAAUUGUAGUUUCUAGAGACAAUUUGACUGAUGAAAUACCAACAUAGGGAAACGUGAAAAAUGUUUACAGAAUGCCUUAUGUCAAUGUUUUAAGUUCUAACUUUUCAGUUCCAUUUUUAUACCUCAAAUUUGAUUCAAAGCAAGCCAAGCAUAUAACUAAAUUAAUGCCAAAAUCUUGCACUUAUCCAAGUCGUAUUGAAAACAUCUGUAAAUACAGGGUGUAACGUAAAGGUUGGGAAUAAGUUAAACGGUGGA